AUGGGCCUCUCCCUGCUCUGCGCACUGCUGGUCUUUGCUGGGCAGUGGUUUGGCCCAGCAGAGCAGAGGUGCCAGGCCUGCCGCCCCCUGGGCUCCCCUGAGAUUCACAUCCUCUCCUUGUGGCUGGGCUCCUUGGCAGGUGUGGUUCCAGCCGAAGCCGAUGUGCUGGACCUGAACAAGAUGAUCAGACAAGUGACGGGGAAGAUCCCCAUCUUCUUCUAUUCAUCCUAUGGCUGUUACUGCGGAUUUGGUGGCCAAGGCCAACCCAGAGAUGCCACAGACCGGUGCUGCCAUGAACAUGACUGCUGCUACGGUUACCUGGAACCCCAGAACUGUGACUACAAAUACGACCACUACGACUACACCUUUUUCCAGGGGAAAGUCCAGUGUUCCACCAAGGGGAGCUGGUGUGAGCAGAAGCUGUGCGCCUGUGACAAGACAUUGGCCUUCUGCCUGCAACAGAACCUGAACACCUACAAGAAUCACCUGCGUCAUCUGUCCAGAUGCGAGGGCGAAACCCUCAAGUGCAACAACCUCUAGCCUGUCCCCUUGCAUCUUGAGCUCUGGGGAAGCCCCCCCAGGACCACUGGCCACAGCCCCGACCCCUGCCUGGAGCCUUUAAAGCACUCCUGGAAGAGGAAGGGGCUUGCCCUCGCCCCUAGCUACCACUUGCCCCUUGGACCUUCUGAAUCUCCCAGGCUGUCUCUUUUGAUGGUGGAUUGAGAUCUUAGGAAAAACCAAGGCCAGGGAGCCGACAGCGGGUGUGUGUGUUUGGGGCAAAGCGGUGGGUACUGGGGGCAGGGUCUGGGGGCGGGGUGGGGCAUGUUCUCCCUUCAUGACCACUCACCAGGCCCCUCCAGGCUCCACCCGCCCCUAAAACACCAUCCAAAUAGCUGCCAGAGUGGCCUCUGUAAAGGGUGAUAUGGAUCUUUCUGUCCAUGGGACUCUGCUUCUUCAAACCCCAAGGCCCUGAGUCCUGCCUCCCCCUCCAUCCCACCCCUCCAGUCAUCAC